UUGUCAAGUGGUGCGGGGUGCCGUGAUGGAGUCGCAGGGGCAGCCAUGUUUGAAGGGGCUCCCUUCUACAGAACUAGGGGCACAAUCAUCCAACAACCAACAUGGUCAAAAUAAUACUGUUGAGCACCAACAGAAGAGAAAUAAUAAGCAUAGAUUAUCUAUUGACGAGCAUCUAUCUCCUCAAAGUAAAAAACAAAGAGAUGACAAUGAUAAAGAAUGCUUCCCAACUGCAUAUGUUGAUAGCAGUAAAACAUGUGAAGAAAAAAGUGAUAUCCCUGAGAUGGAUAAGAUGCCUGAAAAUGGGCCAGAUGAUAGCUCUAUUCCAGUCAGCCAUUAUACUGGUGRUGCUUCAGAAAGUCCAGGAAGACAAGUUAAUGGUAACCUUCAAGAUGUUUCAUCUUCUAUGUACUAUGAAUCUGAAGACAUAAGAAAACAAGAUGCUGGCUCACAAAGAAGUAAAACCAAGGACUUGAUUUCUGAAGAAAAAGCUAGUAAUACCUGCUUGAUAGAUAAAAGGGGUUUCCAUGGCAACAUUCCUGAAGAAAAAACAUGUGAUGUCGAAGGGGCUGUUAGUACAGAUGUCAAUGAAUUGUCCCAAAGUGAUAUUAARCCAUGUAAUAUACAAGUAUCAAAUGCAUCGAACCACUCAGAGGAAAUCCCUGGACCCAUUUCUUCCCUCAGCAGCUCGGAUGACCAAGAAAGCCAUGUCUAUAUCAUUAGCUCUCCUAUUGAUCAGCAUAUCCCAGCUGAAUUCCAUUCCCAACCAAACCCAGAUGAAAACUUGAAAAUCCAUGUGGACUAUGAUUAUGGGGAUAUUUCCGCUUCGCCUAAGGCUAUUGAAAGUUACAACUCAAGGGAACAACAACAAUCAGAACCAGAUCAAAGUAAAAGAAUACCAAUGAAACUUGAUUUAGAGCAUCUGCAGCUAAUGAAUGUGGGAACUGGUGGUGUGGAAUACAUGGAGGGCUUGCAGUCUAUAGUAUCUGUGAAAUCACCAAAUCCAAAUGAUACUUCAAAAAGUGAGCUGCAUACAUCAUCCCAAGAGACCCUCAUUGUCAGAAAUAAUGAACAAAAUACAAGCAGCAUUCAGGACAGUAUUCCCAUACAAGUGUAUCCACAGCCCAAAGGGAUCUCCUUGGUAACAAGUUCAGGUAUCCUAACUGCCGACAUCUCCACCUUCUCUACUCAAGUACCUGCAAUCUUGACAGAAGGUGAUGCCGAUGACACUGAAGCUGCAGUAAGCUUUGCAGAACAAUUUCAUGUUGUAACAACAAGUUCUGCUUUUACGGRCACCUCUCAGAUACAAGGACAGACAACCACUAAUGAAAUGCUUAGCGUCAUGAUGCCAUCRGGUGAUUUUACUAAGGGUGUCAUAUUGACACCAGAUCAACAGCAGGCAUUCUUAGGGGAUAUGAUAACAUCUGGAGUGGGACAAGGGCAAACGCUACAUAUAACCAUACCUCAAGUUGCUACGAUGACAAGACCUCUCAUUAAUACUACAGCUGCAGAAACUACUGGGGAGAGUAGCUGUCCCCAUGAAGAAUGCAGCAGGCGUUUCACCACAGCCUAUAACCUCAAGACUCACAUACGAACACACACCAGACCUAACACUAUAAUGUGUGACCAUGAAGGAUGYGAUAAGACUUUCCCUACAUUGCACAAGUUUCGUGUCCAUGAGAGAAAACACCAACAGGAAGAGAAGCCUUUCAAGUGUGAGAUCGACGGGUGCGGCAAAGAGUUCUCAGCAAUGGGACCACUGACGUCACAUUUGAAGAGCCACAGUGGAGAAAAACCUCAUGGKUGCCCUAUGGAAGGAUGCUGUAAGAGGUUUACCAAGGCUUCGAAGCUAAAGCUUCAUUUGCGAACACAUACAGGAGAAAGACCUUUUAGGUGUGACUUUGAGGGUUGUGGAUGGUCGUUCACGAGUGCAUACAAGCUCAAGAGGCACAUGCGUAAGCAUACCGGAGAACGUCCCUUCGUGUGUAUCUACGAGGGCUGUCACAAGUCGUUCACGCGGUCCAGUCAUCUAAAGACCCAUACGCUUGUACACACAGGAGAGAAGCCUUACGUCUGUCCCAUUGACGGAUGUAACAAAGCCUUUACUGCCGGAAGUAGUUUAAACGUGCACAUGCGCAAACAUACCGGUGAAAAGCCAUUCAAGUGCGAGGAAGAUGGAUGUAGCAAGGCGUACACCACGGCUUCUAACUUACGCACACACCAGAAGAGACAUGAGAAGUCAGCCAAGUUCCCAGAAGGAAGCAGCGAAGAUCACCCGAUGCCUGCAGACUUUGUGACCGUCAGCACCAUGAGCAGCGUUAGCAGCGCGGGCUCAUUAGUUGAUAACGAUAACGAAGUARCCUACACAGGCAUCCACACCUUCUCUUCCGAGGACUUUACGACUGAUGAUGUGACAUCACUUCCGGUUAGCGUUCACUUCCCCGCCGGAAGUCUUAGCGCUAUUGUAUCAAACAGAGGGAAUCCUCUGAGCUUCUSUACUGCAUGCUCAAGCUCAAACGAACACACUGAUGUAAAUGACGAAGAGGAUCAAGGUCUUCAGAAUGAUAUGAACUCUAAAGGGAUUACCACUGUUACUCUACCAGUAUCUGUSGACGCAAGCCAUAUCGACGUUGCUGAGUUCGUAGUACGUAAUAAUAAUUCUGAGCCCGCGCUCCACGGUCAAGAAGUCAGCAAACACUCCGACGUUGAAAAUUUGAAACACGACGGUGGYUUUGACUUGUCAAUCACAAGUAUGGUCAGUCAUUUGCGUUCUCAUGAAACCUCGCCRAACAGGAAACUGGUGUCUACUGAGGUGUUGACCGAGCAAAGUCCAACUUGUGAGAGACUGGUAAUAGAUAAUAAAUACGUCCCAAGCCACUCGCGGUCACUUGAGUUUCGUACUCCGAUGAACCCUGAAGAUCAGUUUAAACCACCGGCUGUGAUAUUCCAGGAUGACUGUAGUAAAUCAGGAUCAUCAGACACAGAAAGUGAAUCAUCCCAUCCCAACCCAGGCCUAAUGCAGAUCACCUUACCACAGGAAGUAAUCCAAGUCCACUUUCCUUCGACAUCCGACUCACCUCUCCCCCCAGACAAUGAUAACCCUAUAGACGUAGACGCCAACACCAGUCAUCACUUACAGUCCUAUGAAGGAACGACUUUAUCGAGCUUACAAGACCCUUCUAUUGGUAAACCACAAUUAUCACCGUAUAUGGAAGAACAGAGCUCACCCGAACCUGAUGAUAAUAACAUAGAUAAUUAUCCAGAAAGUACGAUAAAUCUACAAGAUCUUAGAUGACCAUGAUUCUAUUAGCAAACUAGAGUUAUCGUCGUAUAUGGAAGAACAGAGCUCACCCGAACCUGAUGAUAGUAGAAUAGAUAAAUAUCCAGAGAGUACGACAAAUCUGCAGGAUCUUAGAUGACCAUGAUUCUAUUAACAAACUAGAGUUAUUACCGUAUAUGAAAGAACAGAGCUCACCAAGACCUGAUGAUAAUAACAUAAAUAAUUAUCCAGAG